AUGAUGAACCGGUCAGUACACAAUAACCCGCCCGCGAGGACAGUAUAUUUGGGGUCAAUACCAUAUGACCAGACAGAGGAGCAGAUCUUGGAUCUCUGUUCGAACGUGGGGCCCGUGGCGAACCUCAAGAUGAUGUUCGACCCACAAACUGGUAAGUCCAAAGGCUACGCCUUCAUCGAGUACAAGAGUCUAGAGGCAAGUGCGAGCGCAGUGAGAAACUUGAAUGGGUACCAGUUAGGGAACCGCCUCUUGAAGUGCGGGUACUACAGUGGAGGAGACAUGGGCGGCGGCGGAAUGCCAGGAAAUGGGAACGCUAAUGACGAAGACAGAUCCACCGUUUUCUCAGGGCUGCCGCCCGGCGUGGAUGUCAACAUCAACAUGACUACACCCGCCAUGAUGAUAUCUAGUGUGUUGUCGCAAGGUUCGAAAGAAGAACAACUUGACUUGUUGAAAACACUCCAAAAAAUGGCACAAGCCGACUCAGACCAAUUUGCAAGCCUGCUCGAGCAGUGUCCUCAGCUCAGCUUUGUGGUCGCGGAACUGCUGCUUACCGCAGGGCUAAGCUCGGUGGACGAUCUGACGCAAUUGGCAGUACAACAAAAUUCUACAAAUUCGACACCAGAGGCCUCACAGGAUCCAAAGGUCCAGGAGCAGCAGCGCGAGCUACUCAGACAAGUUCUUCAGCUUACGGACAGCGAAAUAGCGGUUUUACCUGACGACGAGAAAAUGACACUUUGGGACCUUAAGCAAAGGGCCAUGAGAGGCGAGUUUGGGAUGCUUUGA